AUGGACGAUCUGCUCGACCUCAGCUGGCAGCCUACUCGGCCAAAUGCUCAGUCGAAUCAUUCUACCUCGGUAUCCUCCUCCUCCUCCUCCACAAUCACUCGCAACAACUCCAACACGCUUUCCAACUUGAGCUCCACGUCGAGCAGACCCAACUAUUACGGCGUCUCAUCGACCAUCGACAAACCCCCUCCAUCUUCCACCGCUACCAAGCUCACCGCCACCGACGAUGCUUUCUCUUCCCUUUUCUCCUCCUCCUCCACAAACAAGCAGCACGCCAAUUUAAGCUUGGCAGAACGUCAGAGACUAGCUACACAGCAAGCCCGGAAACAGCUCGAUGAGCACAAACAGCGCAAUGAUGCGCUCUGGUCUGGCAUCGAAUCUACCAGCUUUGGUGCCACAACCACCUCCACCAAUCCCACUUUCAACCCCGCUCUCCAGCGUGUCGCCUCGCCUCCUUCGUCCACCACCUUGGCAAACAAAGCUUCCGAUCCUUGGGACUUUGACGCUUUCUCCUCUGCAGUUCCUGCGAUCAACCAAAGUUCAUCGUCUCAGCCUCUUGCAUCCACCAAACCUGCUUCGAGCCGCAUCGACGAUCCCUUCGACUUUGACACCUUCGAUCAGCCUUUCUCCUCUGCUCCCACGCUUGCUGUUUCCAAUGACGAACACCAAGACGACAUCCUUGGCGCACUUGCUAUGCCCGUCUCGCAAGCUUCCAAACCCCUCGACCCUCGCAUGGCUCGUCUCUCGAGUUCGUCUGCAACUCUUUCGACAGCCAGCUCCAGGGCCAGCUCCAGGGUCCCGUCACCUGCAAGCGGCAGUCGUCCAUCUGCCAACCACUCUGCGCCUGCGCGAGCCAGCUCUCCUCCACCACAUAUUGUCGGUCAGAUUGUCGAGAUGGGCUUCUCGCCACAGCAAGCCAAGCAUGCGCUCGCUCGCACCGACACGGGCGUCAACGUCCAAGCCGCUCUCGAGCUGCUCGUCGGUAACGGUGGUGCAUCACCUCAACAGAACGACAAUGACGAACGGCUCGCACGCAAAUUGCAAGCAGACGAGCAGAGGCACGCCGACACGCGCUUCCGCGACUUGGAUGACGAAGACGCUUUCCAGCUUGAACGCCAACAUCGCCGCAACCCACCCCAGCACACCAACAGCGACGCUCGAGCAUCGCGCCGCGCUCCAGUAGACUCGGGUGCAUCGAAUGGCUUUGCAAGUGAAGCGACGGUCGACUGGCAACAGCAGGCCGAUCAGCUCUACGCCCAAGCCUCCGAGAUUGGCUCUUCCGUCUUGAACAAAGCCAGCGCGUUCUGGUCAUCCGCCAAAGCGCAGGCUCAAAAAGCGUUGGACGAGCGUAGCAACACACCCUCGGAAGCCGGCAGUGAACGUCAUCGAGCACGCAGAUGGGGUGCCUCCUCGGGCACUUCCAAAAACAAAGAGUGGUCAGGCAAGCCCAAAUGGAUGAUUGAUGCUGAGCUUACGCCAGCACAACAACGUCGUGCGGAUACCAGCUCCAAUGGCACAGCUAGUCACGACAGCCAGCUCAACACAAGCGACGAGCCGGCGCAGCUUGGUAGCUUUAGAGAUUCCGACAACGAGGACGAGGCAGCUGUGGCUCCCGAAUCUGUCGCACGAGCUGCGCGCGGAGCUGCUGCUGCUGCUGCCACUGCCGUGUCGUCGGUUGCAAGCGUGCUCUCGGUUGGCAGCAAAGCGCAAGCUGUCGAGCAAAAGGCGUCACAAUCCCGGAGCAGCUUGGUCAGUCGAAGCAACGCAGCUUCCAGCACUGCUGUGCCAAAGACGGGCUACGUGUCGCCCAACCGACGCGCCACGCCAUCGCGAUCUGCUGCACCGUCACCGAUGCCACCCAAACCACCUGUGAAGCGACGCGCGAUUGGCUCGGAUGCGUCGCACUCGAUCUGCUCAGCCAAGCGCAACAAGGAAGAGGGAAACGAGCAUUUCAAGCGUGGCGCAUACGCAGAUGCUGAAGCGAGCUACACGCGAGGUAUCUCGGCACUCUCGUCGUCGUCGUCGUCGUGCGAGUCGGUUCGUCUGGUUCCUCUACUGAGCAACCGAGCCAACGUGAGACUCAAGAAUGGCGAUGCUACGGGCACGAUUUCGGACUGCGACCAGAUCCUCGCGAUUGUGCUUUCUCCAUUUGGCGGCUCUGAACGCGAUGCUGACGGACGUAUCGGCGUAUACAAGCCAAGCGAAGAAGCGGCUCUACCUGCCGAGCUGGCGGAUGUGAAUCUGAGAGAAUCGUACGCGAAAGCGCUGGUGCGGCGAGCGCAGGCGCUCGAGGCUAACGAGCGAUGGAAGCUAGCCAAGGCGGAUUGGCAAGUGUUGUUGGAGUACGAAAAACUCGAGGGCUCCGGAAUCAGGACUACGGCGAGCAACAUCAAGUUUGCCAGGGAAGGGCUGUAUCGGUGUGGCAGGAUGUUGGGUGACAAAGUGGUUGGCUCGGCUGUGUCGACAGUGGGUGGAAAGAAAGUAGUGCGACAUGCGAUCGCGGACAAGGCUAGUACGGCGUUUGUAAACCAACAGCACGCGCAGGCGGCUGAGGAGAAGGCAAGAUUUGCUUUGAAAGACUCGGUAGAUGCCAAGAUAGACGCAUGGAAGCGCGGCAAAGAGACGAAUCUACGAGCGCUCCUUUCGUCACUGGAGACCGUACUUUGGGACGAUCUUGGAUGGAAGCCCAUUGCUCUACACCAAAUCCUGGAUCACGCUGGAUUAAAGAAGAACUACACAAAGGCCAUCGCUACCUUGCACCCGGACAAAGUCGCUAGAAACGCAACGGUUGAGCACCAGAUGAUUGCCGCCUCCGCUUUCCACGCACUAAACCAUGCAUGGAACGCACAACAGUAA